UGUUGGGUGGGAGCUGGGGGGUCCCUGCAUCCACCAGUUGAGGAUUUUGGGGUCCCCCAGUGUGGAGGUGAGCAGGGCAGGGAGGGAGCACCUACCUUCUCGGCGUGCACCUCGAUCUGGUUGUUGGAGGUGGUGACGACGAUGUCCUCGGGGGCGAAGUCGCUGACGUCCACCGUGAACUGGUAAGUGUUCCCCAGAGUCUUCACCGCGCCCGCGCUGCCGGAACGAGCUGCUGGAGAGGUUUUGGGGGGGUCACAGCCAUGGCUUGCUGAGGAUCCCCCCCCCCCGACGCCUCCUGGGUGCCUCUAAACUCACCUGGGAACCCCAAGGGCUCACCGUGGGGCCGGACAAAGCUCCCGAAAAGCUCCAUUUCACCUUCACCCGCCGCUUCCCCCCCACCUGCGACCCCAGGUCCCGCGGGGGAGGAGGAGCAGAAGCCUCUUCCUCGUCCUCCUCCCGGCGAAGGCGACGCCGGAUCGGUUAUUUCGGGAUGUUUCGACUUGACGAGCUUUUUAAAGCCUCGUUAAGGCUCCCGGCCGCCUGCCAGACCUCUCGUAAAACCGGCUAAAUUUAGGUCUUGCGCCGGAGACGGUGGAAAUUUUUUCCCGCUCCGUCCCCCCCUUCCCCCCCUCCACGCCAUGGAAUGCGGUGCCUAUUAUUAAGGAAUAAUCGGGAUAAUUAAUUAAAACACUUAUUAAAUCCUCCCCGCCGCGGGAUGUACACGGGGAUUGGGAGCUCGGAGGUGGUGGAGGGAGGGGAAAACCCGGAUCGCUCCGGCCCCAGCGGGUCCGUCGGCUUCGUCAAGGUCGUUUUUAAUGAGCUCGUUUGCAACCUCAGUCCCACAGCAGAGGCUGAGGUGGGAGGACGGGUGAGGGGGUGCUGAAAAAAAAGGGGGUGCUGUCCCUAAAAAGGUCCCUGGGAUGGAGCACCCCAUCCCUGGGGGGCUUUGGGGGGAGAAAGAGGAGGAGGAGCAGGAGAAGGUGCUGGUGUCGAAGCACAUGUGGAGACCCUGCCCCACGGCCCGGAGAAGGCUCCGAGUGUGCUUGGAGUGGGCGAAGCGGCAGCUUUUCCGUGUCGGGGAGGAUUGGUACUUCCUCUUCAUCCUGGGGGUCCUCAUGGCCACCAUCAGCUUCAUGAUGGACCACCUCGUGUCCAGGGUCUACGCAGCCCACCGCUGGCUCUACCAAGAAGUUGGGGACAUCGGGGUGCUCAAGUACCUCUCAUGGACCCUGUACCCCACGGCUCUGGCCACCUUCUCCAGUGGCUUCUCCCAGAGCAUCACCCCGCACUCCGCAGGCUCCGGCAUCCCGGAGCUGAAGACCAUCCUGAUGGGCGUGGUGCUGGAGGACUACCUGGCCAUCCAGAACUUCGGAGCCAGGGUAGUGGGGCUGACCUGCACCCUGAUGUGUGGCAGCAGCCUUUUCCUUGGGAAAGUGGGUCCCUACGUCCACCUCUCCGCCGUGGCCGCAGCCUACCUGGGGAAGAUGAGGACCUCAGUCAUGAGGGAGUAUGAGAACAAGUUCAAGCAGCGCGAGAUGCUGGUGGCAGCGCAGGCCGUCGGGGUGGCCACGGUGUUUGGGGCACCCGUCAGCGGGGUUCUUUUCAGCAUCGAGGUGAUGUCCCCCCACUUUGCCGUGCGCGAUUACUGGCGCGGCUUCUUCGCCGCCACCUGCGGCGCCUUCAUGUUCCGCCUCCUCGCCGUCCUCAGCAGCGAGCAAGAAACCAUCGUGGCUCUUUUUAAGGUCGACCUCACGAUUGAUUUCCCCUUUGACCUCCUGGAGACCUUCUUCUUUGUGAUUUUGGGGGUGGUGUGUGGGCUCGUGGCCUGUGCCUACCUCUUCUGCCAGCGCUGGGCGAUGGUGGCUGUCAGGAGGAACUGGCUGACGGCCAAGCUGCUGGCGACCGACAAACCCGUGUACACGGCGCUGGUGGUGCUGCUCCUCUCCUCCAUCACCUUCCCGCCGGGGCUGGGGCAGCUCAUGGCCUCCAGGCUCACCAUGAAGGAAUAUCUCACCUCCCUCUUUGACAACCACACGUGGGGGGGGCGGGCCCCCAAUGCCUCGUGGGCGGCCAAGCCCGGGGGGCUCUGGCAGGAGUGGGACCAUCCCUCAGCCACCAUCUUCGGCACCUUGGCCUUCUUCCUGCUCAUGAAGUUCUGGAUGCUGAUCCUGGCCACCACCGUCCCCCUGCCCGCCGGGUACUUCAUGCCCAUCUUCAUCUAUGGAGCCGCCAUCGGCCGCUUGCUGGGGGAGGGGGUGGCCCUUCUCUUCCCGCGGGGGCUCCAUCCCCAGGGACCCCCCCGGCCCAUCAUUCCCGCGGGAUACGCCCUGGCCGGCGCCGCCGCCUUCUCGGGCUCGGUGACCCACGCGGUGUCCACGGCGCUGCUGGUGUGCGAGGCCACGGGCCACCUGGGCCACCUGCUGCCCACCGUGCUGGCCGUGCUGGUGGCCAACGCCAUCGUGCAGAAGCACCAGCCGUCCUUCUACGACGGCGGCAUCAUCGUCAAGAACCUGCCCUACCUGCCCCCCAUCCGCAGCCGCCACACCGCCUCCUACAGGGUGGUGGUGGAGGAGUUCAUGCAGCGCCGGGUGGUGGCCCUGGCCAAGGGGGAUGGUUUCCAGGAGGUGCUGAGGGCCUUGGACGCCUCCUCCGACGCCGAGUAUCCCGUGGUGGAGAGCGCAGGGUCCCCCACCCUGGUGGGCACCGUCAGCAGGGCCCAGCUGGUCACCUUCCUGCAGAGCCACGAGCACCCUCAGGCCCCCCCGGGGGAGAAGGUGGCCCCGGUGGGGACCCUCGGGGACGACUGUGCCAUCGAGCCCGUCAUGCUCCAGUUCUCCCCGUGGACGUCCCUGCACCAGGCCUAUCACCUGUGCCAGCUGCUGAAGCUGCAGAGAGUGUUUGUCACCCGCUGUGGGGACCUGGUGGGAGCCGUGGGGUGGGCAGAGCUGCGCAAGGGGAUCGAGGAACUCGCCAACCCCAAGGGAUGACUAUUUGGGACCACGAGGGAUCCCUCCCCAGGGAUGUCACCCACGGAAAGAGGGGGGUCCUGACCCCCCAGGUGAUGGGGGGGGUCUCCCCCGGGGGGAGGGUGUCCUGACUGGGGGGGCAGUUCCCCAGCAGAGUGUGCUGUGCAUUAAAUACAUCGAUCCCUCUGUGCUUCCUCCUC